AUGCCGACGGCGAUAGCGGGAUCCGAGGCUGGGACUAGGGAGCGGCGUGCUACAUGCCUCCAUGGAUUCGGCCGCGGAUCCCUCGCCGUCACGGCAGUCGCUCAAGCAGCGGCCGCCCGCACAGUCGCCGGAGCUAUCGCCGAAGGCGGGAGAAGGGGUGGCGGCGGCAGGGGAGGAACUGAUCCGGCGGGUGGAGGAGUUGGAGGCGGCGGCGGUGGCGCGGCUGCGGGGGAGGAGGCCGUGGAGCCCUCCGCGGAGACGGCGGCCAGCGAGGCCAUGCUCAUGAUUGAGCGCCUGCAACGGGAGAAGUCGUCGCGCAGAUGGAGGCGCGCCAGUUCAAGCGCUACGCCGACCGGAAGCGCGAAGUCCGCCUCCUACCACUCCCGCCUCCAGUCCCACUGCAUAGCAUAA